AUGCAGGAAGCACAGCAGACACAAAGCAAAUCACUCUUCGAGGUUUUGGGUUUGAAUUCAUCAGAGCGAGAUGAAAAUCAUCUACUUGCCCGACGCGUAGUGGUGGUGGGGGAUGCGCUCAGUGGCAAGCGAACGUUAGUGUCACGGCUUUUCGCUGCUGCAGUGCAGCAGUUUCCAUCCUCAUGCGUCUUACUGCUCUCACCAAUCGCAGACGGCAGUGAGAACUUCUCACCGUAUUCUCAGACAACAACAGACUUAAACGAGGGAACUCGUGGGAACCGUGAUAGCUCAUGCGGGAUCUCUGUGAAGCCGAGUGGCAUCGUUUCUCCAUCGUGUCCUCCUUAUGAUGCGGCGGCUUCCUCACGAUCCAAGGCUGAAAUUGAUGGCAAGCGUGCCCCUCACUUCCCGCAUGGUGUCGGCAUUGCCCAUAGUUUUAUAUUUCAGCGCCUACCGGCAGGCAGAGCUUCCCUUGUGGGAUCCAUGGAUGAUUGUUCGAGCAAUACCUCCGGGAACAGUGGUGGCCCUUCGAUGUUUAGCGCUACCGGAAGUGCGGCACACAGCAUAUUAACGGAAUACUUUUGUUGUGAUGCACCUGGUGCUUUAGCCACAGCGCUUCCAACGGUCCUAACACUUGAGACCAGUGUUGUGCUUGUAGUCGUAGACGGAAGUUCGCCGUGGACGCUACAUGAACAAAUACGACGGUGGUAUGGGCAUCUCAAAGGGCACGUGGCGCAACUGCUACGCGGUGAGCUUCCCAAGCAGGAUGAAGUCAAACGUGUUAGAAUGACAGAGCAGCAGAAGAACUUUUGGGCUACCCAAGAACAGGUGCUGGGCUUGCUGCGUAACGCAUGGUGUGAGCGCGAGGGAGGAGUUGCGAAAGAGCUCGUGCCCCCGUCGAGUGUAGUCGGUGACGUUUGUCCGCUGCGGACCCUUAUUGUUUGUAGCAAGACAGAUGAGCUGGAAAAACUUUCACGGGAAUUAGAAAAGAGCGUUCGUGUUAGCGGCGAAGCGGUGGGCGGUGAUACGAGCCUUGACGCCGAUACGCCGCUGCGCCGCACGGAAAAUCAGACGUCAUCACCACAGACACAGGCACCUUGGGUUACUGAAAGCUUGCGUUCGGCGCUUUGCACAGGGGGUCUGACGUUGCUGCAGUUAGUUGGGCAACUCCUUCGGAAGGAAGCCAUCGAACGGCGAAGUGGACUUGUGGGCACCGGAAGCAGCGUGAACACAACAACAACCGCGACAUCGUCUUCUUCGGUUGAGCAACCGCAGCACUGCUGUAAACAAGAAUUUCUACUACCGACAUCGAAGGCCAUUACAACUAAAGGCAGGGUUGAAGCCACAACUGGAUUAAAUGCAGAUGGCAGUCCUUUGGCCGCAACACUGGCUGGUAGCUACAGCACAUUCGUCCAUCCCUUCUACAAAAGCCUAUGGUCUUUUCUCUUCCAAGUUCUCUACGAAUUUCAAACGCUGCAUAAUCGAAUCGGAAGUACCAGCGCACUUGAUGCCCAGUCCAGGCGUGCAUCGCAAUUUACUGACUCCGAUUGUAGUGACCGUGCAGUACGGAAACCAUUAGUGUUGGCAGGGGACAUUGACUGGCACAUUUCCGCCCUCUUUCACCCAUACACGUUUCUUCCACAUGGUGUUGACCACGUUUCACUCCUCAACCCGUUGGUAGCUUCUACUGAAGCUAUAAACCUUCAAAACAUAUUCGGUGAGCUGGGCGAAGAGGGCGUAGGGUGUUGUGGUGAUAUUACUGAGCGCAGAAGCUGUGAUGAGUCAGUGCCACUGCGCGGUGAUUACAUGCGGAAGAUUGAGACUCUUCUCGCAGCCAAUACAGUCAGCACGGAGAGAACAGCUUAA